UUGCUAAAGCAGACCAUGAGCAGGGGCUGCGAGCUCUAUCUCCAGGCUGGGAGCAGCAAGGGGUUAAACAGUCCUGGUGUAAUAAGUAUCUCUGUCAGGCUUUCUUCUGAUCCUUCCUCUUUUCUCUUCUGCCCACCCUUUUUGUAAAUGUCAACCACUUCCUGAUGGUUUCACACCUUUCUUUUCUUUGUGAAGAAACCUGGGUGUACCAUUGUAUGUUCUGGCUGGCCGUGAGUAAAGCUGAGGGAUGCCUGUGGGGAAAAGUAGGAGCAGGUGAAGAUAUUUUAAAAAUGAGACCAGGCAAUGGGUUAAAAUCAGUCAUGUUUGUAACAUGCCUGUUAGUUUUCUUAGCAACUUUUAAAUAUGUAUUAUAAAAAUAUUCAUUUUUUAAAAAAAGCUUAAUGUUGGGAGUCUAAAGGAAUCUAGCAGAAGAACGAGAUGGUUCUUUUUUAAAUAUAUCAAAGAACGAUAAUCAGGAAAAAACAAGAACAACAACACUGGAGAAUCCUUCCCUGGCCUUUUACUCUACAGGUGUACUAUUUAUAGGAUCCUGCAAUGGAAACUUGGUCAGUUGAUCAGGUCUGCCUUUGGCUGGUGGAGAAAAACUUAGGAGAGCUAGUGCCUAGGUUUCAAGAGGAAGAAGUAAGUGGGGCCGCUCUUCUAGCACUUAACGAUCGGAUGGUUCAGCAACUGGUCAAGAAAAUUGGGCAUCAGGCUGUUCUGAUGGACUUAAUUAAAAGAUACAAGCAGAACAAUCAAGGACCAAGGUUUCCUGGAAGCCCCAGGGAGAUAAGCCUGAUCACACAAGCAGAAGCAACCCCAGCGGAUAUACAGUCCUCCAGUCCAGCCAGUCAUGGGGAGCAGAGGCCGUCUUUCCAUCCAGCUGAAAACCUUGAUAAUGGACUAAUUGACCAAAGAGUAUUGAAACAGAGAAGAAAUAUGAAACAUGUUCUAGCAAGGAAUAAAGCAUUACAGUGGACCAAAUCCUACAUUUUGCCAGAGUUUCCCUAUGAUGUCAAAUGCAUGUUAGCAGAGCAGAAAUGUCCAGAUCACAGCAUGAGGAUAAGGAUCAUUGAGUUUCUCCAGGCCGACAUGACUAAGUAUCUGGAAGGCUCACUGUAUCCCACCACACAGCAAUACAAUGAUGUGGUCAACGCCCUGCUGCACGCCCACCCCUUCCUGGACGAGGAUGGCUGUGGCUUUUUUUUAUGGAAACGAGCCCUCAAAGAUCGUUUUAAAUAUGUCCGAAGACCCAUAGAAGAUGAUGAACAAGUAAUAAAAAAUAAGUGCAAAUUUGGACACCGAAGAGGCCAGACAAGGAAAUCUCUUGCUGAUAUAAGAUUUGAUGAAAUUAAAAUUGUCCAGAUAAAAGAAGAAUCUGUGUGUUUAGAUUCUGAGGUAGAUGAACAUAUUAACUGGUUUCAGCAAGAAUAUAUGAAAACAGAAAGGGAUUGGACAGAAAUUGACAAGAGGAUGAACCAGACCUUGGAAGUAAGAAGAAAGAUGAUUGGCAGCAGAACACCUCUGAAGGACAUUCUUAAAAUGUUUCCUUUCUUGAAGUGCCCUUAUCAGAUAUUCAGAGAAUUCCAACUUCUUACAAGAACAGAUAUUUAUAAGAAAACAAGGCACAUUUUGGAAUCCUAUUCAGAAAAAAUACUGACUGCUUUUUCAGUUGUGGACAAUCCAAUCAACAUUGCAUUGCAAGAAAAAAUGAAAGAGUACACAGAUGAAGAUAUGUUGAAGUAUAUGAAGAUGACAGCCACAUGUUUACUCCUCCCAGAUGUUUUUGGGGAUGAUCCCAGCCUUUUUGCAGUUGUGAAUGAGAAGGUUCAAGUGUCCACGCCUGUGUUGGAAGUUAAAAACCCUUUCAACAUCGAUGUCUGUGAGUUUUCUUUAUAUUUAGACAAAGAGAAGCUCACAAAGGUGGAUGACUGUGUGACAGCCGUGGCGGCUCUAGUAGCUACCUUUCAUGUAUUUGGGAUUGAGUGUCCAAGAAGACUGUCCCAAACCCUCAACUUCCUAGAGACACUGAUCUUUGAUACGCAUAAUUCCUGUUUCCCUUCUUUGAAAAAAAAGGAAAGGGAAGUAGGAUUUCAGCCCCCAGUUACUUAACAGCUAUUAAAUAUUGUAUCAGAAUUUAUCUCUGGGACAAGAUUUAUAAAAAAUUGUUUUGAUUUAGGAUUCUGGUAGAGGUAGUAUUAUAAUAUCAUCUAUAAAAUCAAAGAUAUUAAUGAAUUUAAAUGCCUUCAAUCUUUACACUCAAACUUAAGUUCUUUGCAAAAUUCUGUAAUAAAUACUCCUGAAGCAAUUAA